UCUACCAGACUUGUUUGCGGUGUUUGUAUAACUAAAAUGGAGUGAAAGCAAUCUUAUUCUAUCUUUACUGUUGGUAGUUUGAAAUAAGCCAUGUUAACUGAGGCUCGGGUUCCUGACCCCUUCACUCCAGGAAAACCGUGGAAGCCCCCCACCGCUGGGAAGGAUAUCAAAGAUCCAGGGAGUCACGAAAUGCAGCGGGUUGGAAGGUACCAGCGACAAGAGUCCAGCCAAAGCAGCUCCGUCUUGGGGCUGGAAAUGAAGCCAGAGCUGGUCUGGGAGGACUGGGACCUGGGAAGAGAGUUCACCAAGACAUUAGUGUUAAAGAAUGUUCAUAUCAGGCUUCAGAAGCUACACGUCAGACCUCCAGUGUCCAAGUUUUUCUCCACCUUGGUUCCCCAUACCAUCGUUAUUAGCCCAGGGACUUCUUUCUCUGUGCCAAUCAGCUUUAGACCACUCAAGAGGUGUGAGUAUGAGGACAGCAUUGAUUUUGAAAGUAAAGAUGGCAGCAGCUUCCAAGUAUGCCUCCGUGCCACCAUUCCCUGCUGUGCCCUGGAGGUGCCUUACUCUGUGCUGCUGCCACUCUGUGCUGUCCGAAACACGUCAUAUACCACUUUCCUUCUCAAAAAUGUCAGUAAACUCCAAACAUGGUUCGAGUUGGAUUGCACAGAACCGUUCCAGCUAAGCCCCGAGCAGGGGGUGUUGAAGCCCGGUCAGGAGUGUAACAUCAUGGUGGAGUUCCAACCACAAGAGGCCCUGGUGUACCAGCAACAGGUCGACUGCAGGUUUGGAGAAGAAGGGGACGAAGGGGACAAGGCAGAGAGCUGCUGCAAUGUUCUGCUGCAGGGACUAGCUAAAUUCCCAUUUCUUCAACUGAAAAGUCCAGGAACCAAGGGUGAAAAAGAACAGUAUCAUCCAGAGCUGCACUUUGGCUCUGUUGCUGUCGGCAAAAGUUUACAGAAACACGUCGACAUCUUCAACCCCUCCCCUGUGACUGCAGGAUUCUCUCUUUUAUGUCUGUCCAAUGGGUUGCCCCUGCAGAGGUCAGAGUUCAGCUGUGAUGUGACCCAGGGCGAGGUGGCGCCCGGUGGAUCGCUACGGGCUACAGUCACCUAUAGUCCUGCUGUGGUGGAUAGAGUCUCUGUGGAUUACUUAUCUCUAAAAUAUAGAGGGUUGGAGAAUGUGACGCAACUCAAAAUGAUGGGAAACUGUUUAGGUCCCAAUGUGUCCCUGUCCUCCUCUGUGGUGGACUUUGGCUGUGUUGAGGAAGGAGGAGCAGUUGUACAGACAUUGGAGCUGCUUAAUUCCUCACACGUUGAAGCUCACUUCCAAUGGGACUUGGACUGCAGUGGGAACAGUGUGUUCAGCUUCCAGCCAGCGAGUGGCGCUGUUCGCCCCCAUAGCCGCACCACCUUGAGGGCGGUCUAUAGGCCCAGGCAGACCAUUGCUCACCACAGGAGAGUGGCAUGUCUCAUACUGCACAGGGAGCCCUUGUUCCUGGACCUGAUUGGUACCUGUCACUCAGAGCUGCAUCAGCCAGCCGUACUGAAGCCUGAGCACCUGGUUCUCUACAAGCUGCACUGGUACCGCAGACACGACCCGGCAGACACACCCAGUGCCAUGCUGCAGAAUCAGGAUGCAAGCAUGGACCACCAGGAACUUCUCUCCCCUGCAGUGGAGUCUGUCCAGAAGCCAGACAGUGCUGGUGUUGUGUCCAGAGAUCCCAUGGAAGAAUAUUACCAAUCCUGCUUGGGCUGCAUGGACCCCCUCCCUUCCAGCUCUACUGCAUCGCCCCCACAUGUAUCUGUGAUGCCCAGAGAGCUACUGUUUACACACAAAACCUCCUCCUCUGUGUCUACUUCAUCCACCUCCUCUCAGUUUGUCUCCAUCACAAACCACACCAGGGGGAAACUCAGCCUGGUGUGGACUGCUGGAGAAGACUCUCCGUUCUCUGUCUCUCCCUCAUCAUGUGACCUGCCUCCUCUGAAGUCCACCUCAUUCAGGGUCACCUACGACCCCAAGCAGCUGAGCACUCUGCACGGAGCUCAACUUGAAUGCUUUGCAUACUAUAAGGACAAUCCUCCCCUAGAGGAGCGACUGCUGUGCCCCCCCUGGUGUGUGACUGUCAGAGUCAUAGGCCACUCCUUUCAGCCGGGCAAAGAGCAUUUCAUCCCCAACUGCUCUCUGACGCCUUGUCAAGUGGCCUUUCCAACACUCAGUGUUCUUUCCUACCGAACGGUGCUCCUCCAGAAUUGUGGAGACCUGCCCCUCACCUUCUGUCUGGACCCCAGCUCAAACCCCGCCUUGUCAGAAUACGUAUCUGUAGUUCCGACCUGUGGUUUCAUCCCACCUGGGAACCACCAAAUCCUCACCCUCAGAACAACUCCCACAGAAGAAAGCCCCAAAGUGAGGCUCAGUUGGCCCAUUCAGCUUAAUGUGGCUAACCACACAGAGGACUUGAACGUUGUCCUUUGGGUGGAUAAGGUGAGUGUGUCUCUGAAAGAAGGCAACAGUUUAUAUUUCCAGCCUACAGCGGUGGGCUCUCGAAUACAGCGCACCGUUGACAUACGAAAUCUCUGCAGCCAACCUCUACGAUUCCAGUGGAGCAUUCCAGAGCCAGACCAGGAGCUUAUCUCUGUUGAACCAGAUGCUGGAGAACUGCAUCCCAAUGAAAAAUCAGUCCAGACAUGGUCCUUCAGCCCACUGGAAGAAAAAACAUACACACUGAAACCCACUUUCACCUUCUGGUCAAUGCAGACUACUGGAUGUAAUAAGUCACAACUUACCCUUGUAGUGGUGGGGACGGGCUCAAAAGGCUUCAUAGAGGCAGAGAAAGCUGUUCUGGAUGUUGGGGAGGCUCUGGUUGGAAGCUACCGGUCGAUUCAGGUUCCUCUGGUGAACAACAGCCCCUGUACCGUCUCCUUUUGUCUCUCUGUGCAACAGACGCUUCUGGACGAGGAACUUAGUUAUGACCCCGAGACUGAGCCAAAUGCCCUGAAGAUGGACUGUGCAAUGGGAACCAUUGCUUCACGCUCCAAGAUGCUGCUCCGAUCCACCGUCAGGCCAAACAGACGAGCCCAGUACCUGUGGACCAUCAGCUACCAGACGCUGAACGCCAGUGGUUUGGCUUCAUCCCCUCUUCAAGCUGUGUGUGAAGUGCGAGCUAAGGGUGUGUUUCCCACUCUGCGGGUGAUUGAUGUGUGCAGUGGUGGCAGUGUGGGCAGACUCAGCAAGGGGCACCUCUGGAAACUAUUCUCACUGGACCGCCUCAAUGAGCUCAUGCUGUCCAACCCCUGCCCCGCUGAACUCACUCACAGAACGCCUAUCAGACACAGGUGA